UCACGAAUUUCUAAUUUUAUGUACUCUUGUCUCCGAUUGUACCUCCCAAACAUCCUUAAUUCUGGCAUGAAUGACACAUUAGAAAGGUACUUCCGGCAUAUUUCAAAAACUCAAAUUUCGUAUAAAUAUAAACAAAUGCCACUUUGAUCGAAUGUGUUUCAGAAAUACAUGCAAGAAUGAGUUCUUUUUAUUUACAUUUACAUAAAUGAAUAUUACAACAAUCAAAAACAUGAAAAAACAUAAAAAAAGCCAACCAGGUUCCCAUUAUGAUUUUAGAAGGAAAAGUAAUAAAAGUGCAUUUAGAUAACUUUUGAUUUUUUUUAAGUGUUUGUAAAAACUAUAUAAUAACUCGAUUAGAAUGCAGCUUUUAGUGCACAGCUAGAAAAGGCAUGUAGUUUUAAUUUCAUUGCGUUUGUUGUUGUAGAAACAGCUUCUAUAAUUUAUUGUACACAUCUAUAUGAUCGGUUUUUGCCUAGAUUAAUAAUUUUUUUAGAAGAAAAUCCGUUAAUUAAAUACUACACAUUUGCGACUUGUGGUAAUAAUAAGAAAAUCAAAAUAUGGAGAAUCAGAACAUUUACAACAUUAAAAAGUGAAAACUCUGUAAAAUUUGCUGUGAUAGAAAACAUCAAAAUAUUUUAUGGACAUGAAUCGGCUGUCACAUGUGUUAAGUACAGUAACUGUGAUGAUACAUUAAUUUCAUGUAGCAUGGACAAAACAAUUAAAAUAUGGGAUAACGAAGGGAUUUGUAUCAAAACCCUAUGCGACCACGUUCGUUACGUAAACUGCGUUGCCUUAUCAAAAGACUGUUUAUUAUUAGCGUCAGGUUCUAACGACAAAUCAGUACUAGUGUGGGAUGUCAACGGAAAUUUAACAUUGGACUCCCAAAUAGUUAAGUUAUCUACAGUUUUACAAGGUGCCUUUGAAAAUACUGCAGCGAAUGAACUGCGACUGGCAGAAAAUGUGGGUAUUACAUUUACCCUGGUAGAAAAACUGGACGAUAUCGCAGAAGCUGCCAUAAAUUCCUGCCAUUUUUCUGUAAACAAUAUUUUAGUAACUGGAUCGAGGUAA